AGCAUUCCCGCCGUUAGCUGCUGAACUCGACAUGCAUGCUUUCACCGCCAUCUCCCUCGCCUUGCUCUCCCUCGCUGGUUUCGCAGCUGCGAUUCGCAACCCCAACAACCCCGCGGACCCCAUCAACUGCCCUCCCAGCGGCGGCGCAGACAAGUGCUCGAAGGAGACCAGGUGCAACAAUCGCAUCCGUAUCAACUAUGGGUCGCGCCAGCAGGGGCACUACAUCUGGUACUUGAACAACUACGACCCGAACAACCUCCCGCAGGGCAUCAUCAUCACGACGGACACCGUAGGAACCUGUUAAGGAGUCGGGCAGAAGCCGCUAUAGAUUGUGCAGUGGGCAUAUAUAGUCAGAUGAAGUUGUUAUCAUGAACGUGCUGCACAAAUAUUUUGGAGGAUCUCGAGAUCAG